AUGACCGCGAGAGCUGAGAUAGUGGCCGUAGCGCUGUUUUUCGUGCUACGAGGCGGCGCGCCUGCGAGUUUUCCCGGUUGGUGGACUAGCGACGAGCAAGGCCGGGAGCACCAGGCGCGUGGCGCAGACGUGCAGGUGGUAUACCUGCCGGCGCUGCUGCCGCGGGAGGCGCAGUUCGCCGCCGACGGCCCUCACGGUGACAUACCGCUGCCGUACAACUUCGAUGCGUUCGGACGGAGUUUCGAAUUACAACUUGUACCAAAUCGAAGACUGGUGGCACCGCAGUUUGGUGUUUGGUCAGAGCGAGGACAAGAGGAGCCUCUGUCUGCCGUCGACGUCUCCUGCCACUUCUUGCAUGCCGGUCCUGAUGCCGUCGCCGCAUUUUCCGCCUGCAAGGAUCAUUCUCUGCACGGACUUAUCGUAGUAGAAAAUUCCACAUACGAGGUUCGUCCUUUGCCAAAUGGGUCUGGUCGUGCAGAGAACGGUGACCGCACCGCGCAUAUCAUAAGACGCGCGCCGCCGCCGCCCGCGCCGCUCGACGACGCGCGACCGCUGCGACCGCGCGUACGACGCCCGCGCAGGCACUACCUCCGACCGAAGGCCAGGCAAAAACCCGGCCCGCCUAAUUACACAAUAGAAAUCGCUCUUUUUUUGGACGAAGCUGCUUAUAAAACCUUCCACCCCUUCAUGAAUUACAAUGAGGCAGAUCUUAGGGAUAUGCUGUUGGCGUAUAUCAAUGGGGUGCAAGCCUUAUACCAGCACUCAUCACUUGGCACUCACAUCCAACUGUCUCUAGUACGGUUGACGUUCCUCCGCAGUCAACCCAAGACGUUGCCAGCUCACGCUGAGCGAGGCAGGCUGCUGGAUGCCUUUUGUGCCUAUCAACGCUCUCUCAACGUGGAGGACGAUGACGAUCCGGAGCAUUGGGAUAUGGCACUUCUACUUUCUGGACUAGACUUCUACUCCGAGGAUGGCGGUCGGCGCAACGGCGUGACGAUGGGCCUCGCGCCGGUGGGCGGCGUGUGCCUCGCGCCCCACGCCUGCGUCGUGGCUGAGUUCGGAGCCAACGACAUGCUGGGCCGGCCCUACCCGUCUGCCGGCUUCACUUCGGUCUACAUUCUCGCACACGAGAUUGGGCACAACUUAGGCAUGCACCACGACGGCACAGGCAACUCCUGCGCACGUGACGGCUACAUCAUGUCUCCUUCCCGCGGCACCAGCGGCGAGGCCACAUGGUCUCCAUGCAGCGCGCAAGUGGUUGCGGAUCUACAAUGGGCGACUUGCUUGCAAGAUGGCGGGGACGAGUUGGACUCUCCUGAUGAGCUGCGACAUGAGAAGUUCAGCGGUGCUCCCGGCGCCGUCUGGGGAGCCAAGCGGCAGUGUGAGGUGUUCCUCCGGGACCCGGACGCAGUGGCGGUGCCCUCCCUGGGCGCGCAUUCGCACUGCGAGCAGCUGGCGUGCCGCUCGCCGCACCGCGCCGGUUUCUACCAUGCCGGGCCUGCGCUGCCCGGCACGCCAUGCGGACCAAACUUGUGGUGUCAAGGCGGAGAAUGCGUGCCAUCUCACGAUCCGCCAUCUUCUCCAAAACCCGCGAGCAUCAACAUCACCACCAGCGGAGGAAGCCCUGGAGUCCUCGGAGUCGGAGGGUGGGGCGGCUGGAAAGAGGCCACUUGCCAGUCAGGCUGCACUCUUCAUUCCCGAGGCUUUAGAGAGAGACGGAGAACGUGCCAAGCAGCCGCCGGCUGUGAAGGAGCAGCGUAUGACGUUACACUUUGUGAUGAUACCAAAAUAUGCGGCAAGAAGACUCGUGUGUCGGCCGGGGAGCUGGCGUCCCGCAAGUGCGGCGCGUUUGCUGCGAAGGUGCCCACGCUGGACCCUCGCGGAGGAGGACUGCAGGCUCCUCACGACCCUACUCGCAUGUGGAUGGGCUGCGCGGUGUUUUGCCGGCGCGCGUCGGGCGGAGGGUUCUACGCGCCGCGCGUCGAGCUCAACGACGCUGGCCUGGAGCCCUACUUCCCCGACGGCACCUGGUGCCACCACGACGGCAGCCAGGACUACUACUGUCUGCAACACCACUGCUUGCCUGAGAACUUCAAGAUGACUGCGCAAUGGCAUAUCUGGGAGCUGCCGAGUGACGACAUUGACGGGUCAUUCAACGCGCGAUCUCGGCCCGCUGAUGAUGAAGCCGCAGCCAUGCGAGCCUACUUGUCCCUGGACGAGGACGGAGUACCCAUAAUCCGUGCCGCCCUCCCUCCUUUCUUCUCAGAAGAACCAGAGACCAACUGGGAAGUAACGGACUAUAUAGAAAUAUCCAAUAAUGAUACCGCCUCUUCUGUAUAACCUAAGUUACAACGCCAAAAGCAUUGUAAAAAUACGGAAUAUCUUGCCAAAAUGUUAUUUGUUGAAUUUCACAAAAUACCUCCAUUAUUAAUGUGUGCUUGAAGAACAUUUUAUUUAAAUUAUUUUAUAAGUAUAGGUAAGCCUAGAUCGAUAAAGUUCGAAAAAUAGCAUUUAUUAGAUUUUAAGAGAUUCUUCUUUCAGUAUUACGUAUUUGAAUGGUCUACUAGGUUUUUUAAACUACUUACUAAGUUAAUGUACCUAAAUAAAAAAGAUACUUAUUUGAUUGAUAUUAAGUAGAUACUUAUUUAGUACCAAGGAGAAGCUGAGUUUCUUAGGUCUUAGGUAGUUUUGUAGACUGAAUAUUACUUUACAUUUCUUUUAACUCGAAUGCUAGUCUUUAUUUAGUUUAUUUGUGUGAGUUGGUUUACACAUUUAAAUUUUAUAAAAUUAAUAAAACUUGUAUAGGUUCGGGAAG